CCAUGUAGGGUUUUUGGGGACCAUAAGAAGUUAGUUCUAUUCAGUGCUAAACUCAAGAACUCAAGGUGUUCAUUCAUAGACGCUAUUUCGCUAAUGUGUAUCAAAGGACAGUCAAAUCAUGUUCUGGAUUCAAGGAUACGGAACAAAUAUUUCUCGAUUGCACUAGGUUGCGUGAGUUGUGCACUUGCCAAUCCGUUGUGUUUACGUCAUGCCUCCACAACCUCGUCGGGGUUCCAGCAACACGUGAAGGCAACACAAGUGACCCUCAGUUUAAAGCAUUUCAACGUUUGGAAGGUCGAAUUGGCCAAGAUCUUAAGGAAAACCAACCCCUUUUUGAGUUUGGUUGGCACCGCACCCAGGUCCUUUGAAAUCAUGGCGAGUUGUGAAGAAAAAAGCGAUUCGUCGACGAAACGAGGCCAAGAACCCGAGACGACCAAACCCGAGCCAGUUUUUAAAGACAUUUCAGCCCACGAUCCCUCACAAGAGACCACGGAAGUCGAAUCCAUGUGCGUGAACUGCCAUGAAAACGGCAUCACGAGACUUUUGUUGGCUAAAAUCCCCCAUUAUCGCGAGGUCAUCCUGAUGUCCUUCCAUUGCGAGGCUUGUGGUUUUCAAAACAACGAGAUCCAAAGCGGAGGUCGGAUCCAAGAACAAGGGGUCCAACUGAAGGUCAAGAUCCAGUCUGUGCAGGAUCUCAGUCGGCAAGUGGUAAAAUCCGAUAGUGCCACAUUGACCAUUCCGGAAAUUGGGCUGGAAAUUCCACCAGACUCGCAAAAAGGAGCCAUCACAACAGUGGAAGGUAUUCUUCAACGCACUGUGGCGGGUCUCAAACAAGAUCAACCCGUUCGUCGAGUGUUGGACGAAGAUGGAGCCAAUCAAAUCGACGAGUAUUGCUUGAAAGUAGAGGCCCUCGGCGAGCUCAAGGAACCUUUCACCUUGAUCCUACGCGAUCCAUCUGGAAACAGUUUUAUUGAGAACCUCCACGCCCCACACACUGACCCUGCCCGCGAAGUGGUAUACUUUACGCGCACGCCCGAAGAAGACCACGCGCUCGCCAUCUACAGCCAAGAGGAGCUCCAUGGAGCGCCCGAGGAAUCGAAGGAACAACAACCCACGGGGGAGAACACCGAGGACGAUCCUGGAGCCUUGACAGAGGAGAGGCUCGAGAAUGAGGUGCUCACCUUCGCCACCAAUUGUCCGGACUGCAACGCUCCGGCGGCCACGAAUAUGAAGAUGACAAAGAUCCCACAUUUUAAAGAGGUCGUCAUCAUGGCCACUGUGUGCGAUUUCUGCGGCCAUAAAACCAACGAGGUCAAAUCUGGGGGCGGUAUUGAGCCUCAGGGAACCAAAAUCACGCUGAAGGUCACCGAUCCGACUGAUUUGAGUCGAGAUGUCCUCAAGGCAGAGACCUGUAAUGUGGCCUUGCCUGACCUUGACUUUGAAAUCGGUGGAUUUGCUUUGGGUGGUCGGUUCACCACGCUUGAAGGCUUACUCCAGAACAUCCUCGAAAAAGUGGAAGACAAUCCGUUUUUGGGAACCGCUUCAUCCACCGGCGAUUCCACGACCAAGGAGACCCAAAACCGAUUGCAGGAUUUCAACACCAAGCUCCAAGAGUUCAUUGGAGGAAGCAAAACAUUCACCGUCGUCCUGGACGAUCCCACGGGAAACAGUUAUCUUCAG